AUGACAACAUCUACCUCACCCUCCGCCUCGGGCAGCGGCGCCAGCAGCAACAGGAGCUGGGUCCCACCGGUGCCCACGCCCCUCCAGCGCCUGUUCGAUGCCGUCCCCCUCGUCACCUACGGCCCCAACCAGCUGCCCUGCCGCUCGCCAGGCCCCUCCGACCUGCCAACCCACGUCUUCAUCACCCACCACGACGCUGAACGCGGCGCACCGAGCUUCAACCCCUCGUGUCUCAAGUGGCAGACCUUCCUCCGAAUAGCCGGCGUCAAGUUCCACCUCCGACCCUCAACAAAUCACGCCUCGCCAACCGGCGCUCUCCCCUUCCUGCUCCCAGCACUAUCCACCAUCACCCCGCCGACGACGACGACAAUAACAACAACAACAACAACAACCAACCCCCGAAAUACCGACAAAUAUGCCCGCCUCGACGGCAGGGCUACCCGGCCCAUCCCCUCCUCGAGGCUAGAAGCAUACGCGGCCCAGCACGGUGCCCUGCCCCCACCCACCCUGACCCAGCAGGCGCCCACGCCCCAGCUGCAGUCCCAGGCCCGCCGCCGCCAGGCCUACCAGUCCCUCCUCGACGGGCCCCUGCGCACCGCCUGGCUCUACACCCUGUACCUGUCGCCCCCCAACGAGCCCAUCCUGCGCCGCUGGUACGUCGACCCGUCCUCCCGCUCCGGGCUCGUCCGCGACGCCCUGCUGCGCCGCGUGCGCGCCGUCGCCAGGGAGGAGGUUGCAAAGUCCGCAGAGGCGACCACCACUGCAGUGGGGGCUGAUGGUGGUCGUGGGUGGAAGCUCUCGGGGAACGUGGGCGACCUGCUCUCCUGGGCCCUGGCCGGGACCGCGACCAUCGACCCGGACCGCAUUUACGCCGACGCCCGGCGCGCCCUCGACGCCCUGGAGACGUUGCUCUACCCCGGUGCCGAGGAAGAGGCUGACGGCCCGCCAGGCGGCGACGGCAGCGGGUGGUUCUUCGGCGCGCCGCACCCGACGCUCUUCGACGCCGCCGUCUUCAGCUAUAUCUACCUGAUCCUGCACGGCGCGCGGGCGUCCUCUGAUGGAGGACGCGAAGGCGGAGGACACGAUCGCGAGGCGUGGGGCGACGACACGCUCCGACGCAUCGUGCUGAAGUGCCCGCGGCUCGUCGCCCACGCGCAGAGGAUACUCGACUCGUACUGGGGGGACCUGGACGACGGCGGGUGGGUCUCGCUGGAUCACUAG